UGUAUUUUGCUGCUGACUGAGCCAAAAUUACUAUAAGGUGAAAGUAGAGUGGUUUGAAUUGAAUACACAUAAGAAAGGGAACUUCUUGGCUUCUAAAGUUAAGUACUUUGAGGUUAAAUUUCGCCCAUCUGCUCUUUUUUUGUGUUGGUAUCAAUUUUAUAGUGUGUGACUCCAGAGAAUAGAUAAAACUAACAACUCAGUUGAAAGUAAUUGUGAUAGUCACUGCCGAUUGAACUAACACUACAAGAGGCUGAAAUGAGUUUGAUUUUCUGCAUUGAACAUAUCAAAGGGGUCACCUCUUUGCUCACUGUGUCUUAGUCGCGUGAAAAUUCUUGGUUGCUUGUCUUACCGGGUUUUUUUUUUUGUUUAGGCAUAAGUGCUGGAUUUAUUAUGGCGUAUAUACCACCGCACAAGCGAAACUCAAAUGAAGCUGAUAGACCGUUGCCAACUCCGGACCAGCUUGCUCCUUUUUUUAAGAUAAAUGUCAAUGUAAGGUCAUCUAAGUCUAAUGAUAAAUGGACUCCAAAGAUAAUCUAUGCAGAUCGUGCUAUACGGAGAUGGUGGGUAGUUGGUUUGAAUAAUGACACCCAGUUUCCAUCUUCUGUUAAUCUCGAACCCAUUUCCUUGAAAACCGUUGAGCAGAGAGUUGGAGAAAGCUCUCUAACUUUAAUAGUUUCUGGCCUUGAUAAUGGUACUGAGGUGGAAUGGGCCUUGCCAAAGAGCCCUUGGGUAUAUAUGGCAGAAAAUGUGCUUGAAGACCUACUUGCGUCAUUUGAAAACGUGAAGAAGGAAAUGAAGUCACUGGAGUUAGAGUAUCUAAAGCCAACUUUAGUUGCUCAAGUUGGAAAAGUAGUUCAUUUUCAUAGGACCCCUUCAGUUACCCUCGAAUCUCUCAGAGAAAAUCUGACUACUGAGAAGUUGAAAAAUCUCCUCUCCCAAUCAUUUUACGCAAGUGUCCCUGUUUCGUAUACAGAGAAGAUUGUAAACAAAGUUGUCCCGAAUAUUGGAGUUGCUUUUGAAUCGGAGAAAGAGAUAUACCAAGUAAAGUUGAUCGAUUCAACAAAUCCAGACUCAAUUCUCUCCUGCAAAUGUAGUGUUAAAGAUGGAAAGCUACAACUCUACAAGGUCGAACUAAACGAAGUGCGUAAUAUGGUAGUGGACAUAUCCAUCCCUAAUAAGAAUAUGGACCUGAGACUGAUGUUAUACACAAAGAGAGUCUUGACAAGUCAGACGGAUGAGGAGAUGCGAAGCCUAAGGGAUGUGGUUGAUUCUGCGAUUACAGAUCCAGGUGUGAAGGGUGGGUUGAGAUGGCCCCUGGAGAAGAGAUCUUCUGGAAAAUACAAUGUUGUUGGGGUUUGGCAUGUAAGAGCUAAAGCAUAUAAAACUCAGUCAUUAAGACUUAGGGUCAUGCAUGCAGACAGAUUUGAUUUCAGAACCUCAAAAGGGCAAGCUUCUUCGCUGACCAGUCUGAGGUUGAAGACGGUAGUCUCAGAGUUGAAGGAAGAGAAGGUUGAUGUCAGCUCGGUUUCUGCGAUGCUGAAGGAAAAUAUGAAGUUCAUCUGGGAUAACUUCUUAAGCUGUGAAAGUUUCUCACAUGAGUGCAUGUAAUUAAAUUUUCAUCGUUGCAGAGAACAAAGGAUAAAUUAAAAAUUAAAACAGGCAACAUCUGGUUUACUGUUCAUGCAAUGGUGGGCUGUGUAUUUUGACGAUUUAGUGUGAUGCAUAAAGCUAUUUACAGUAGUUGGUAUUUAAGCUCUCUACUUCAUCGUAUAUAUAUUCUGGAGUUUUCUGUAAGUGUGUAAGACCGACUUUGAUAUCUUGUGAAACCCCAUUUUGGGGUCUUUCCAGUUUUGAUGGGCAAAAACCACUAUAUCUCAGGCAAUAAAGCUUGCACUGCA